UUCAGUCUUUCUCUUAUCAAAUCUCUUAUCUCUUUCUUGUUUAGAACAUACUACUCUUGAUUAAUUUUUAUUCCAAUGGGAAUUAGACUUCUUAUCUUUGUGUUCAUGAUUAAUUCUAUACAAUGUAUCUUCUCUCAAUUCAUUCCUGCAGAUAAGUACCUCAUAAACUGUGGUUCUUCGACAAACACAACCAUCGACAACCGAGUUUUCGCCUCCGAUACAUCAUUUUCAUCGAUACUUUCAACACCAAAAGACAUAUCAGUGAACACCACAGCAAAUUUAAUAUCAUCAUUCGACAAUUCAGCUCUCUAUAACACCUCCCGCGUCUUUGUCGGUCCCUCUUCAUACUCAUUUCCGAUCAAAAAGAUCGGUAGACACUACAUUCGACUCUAUUUCUUUGCCUUUUCACAUCAAGCCUACAACCUUUCUGCAGCAACAUUCUCUGUCUCGACUCAAAAUUUCGUACUCUUGAGCAAUUUUCAGACACCAAAUGCUUCCACUGCAGUUUUCAAAGAGUUUUCGGUGAACAUAACUUCGGAGAAACUCAUUCUUUAUUUUGAACCAUUAGAUUCUCUUGCUUUUAUCAAUGCAAUUGAAGUUUUUUCAGCUCCUGAUGAUCUUAUCACAAACACUGCAAAAAAUCUCAAUCCAAAAGGUACAUACUCUGGUUUAUCAUCGAAUGCAUUCGAAACUGUUUAUCGAAUCAAUAUGGGAGGUCCAAAGAUCACUCAAAAAAAUGACACACUCUGGAGAACAUGGAUUCCGGAUGCCGAAUUCCUAUUCAAUACAAACUCAGCAACAUUUGUGAAUGUUUCGACACCAAUAAAAUACAAAAAAGGCAGUCCGACGAGAGAAAUCGCCCCUGAUUUCGUUUACAACAUGGCGACAAAGGCUAGCAAUCUAUUGACUGUCUCUAAUCCUACGUUCAACGUGACGUGGGAGUUCAACGUCGAUAAAAGUUCGACAUACUUGAUAAGAAUGCAUUUCUGUGACAUUGUAAGUAAUGCACUCAAUCUUCUCUACUUCAAUGUGUACAUUAAUGGCUAUUCUGCAGAUCAAAACCUUGAUCUCUCUAUUCUCACAUCAAAGUCAUUAGCAACACCAUAUUAUGCUGAUUAUAUAGCUACCGAUGAUUUGGGGAAAGUUCGAGUCAGUAUCGGACCUUCAGAUAUGGAAAAUAUCAAGCCUGAUGGCAUUCUAAAUGGUCUUGAGAUCAUGAAGAUGAAUCUCAACUCCAUUGAUGAGCUUAAAUCAAGUUCAAAGAAGCACAAAAUUGGUGUGAUCUCUGGUACUGUUAUUGGAGCAUGUUCACUCAUUGUAUCUGUUGCUUGUCUUUAUAUGACAAUCAAGAAAAAGAAGAAGGAGAAGAAGCUUUUGAAGAAGCAUAAUUCAAGGACAUGGAUACCCCUAUCAUUCUUUGGAAGCAAAUCAUAUGCAAAAAGAAGUAAAAACUCAAAUGGAACAAGUUCAAGCUAUGGAGAGUACUCAAACUCACAACUUGCACUUCAGUUCCCACUCAUUGUCAUCCAAGAAGCCACAAACAACUUCGAUGAAAGCCGGGUUAUUGGUGUUGGAGGUUUCGGUAAGGUAUACAGAGGUAUAUUAAGAGAUGAAACAAGAGUAGCAGUGAAGAGAGGCAAUCCAAAGUCACAGCAAGGUAUGAAAGAGUUUCGAACCGAAAUCGAGAUGCUUUCGAGGUUGCGUCAUCGCCAUCUUGUUUCGCUAAUCGGUUUCUGCGACGAAGACAAAGAAAUGAUCCUCAUCUAUGAGUUCAUGGAGAAAGGCACUCUCAAAAGCCAUCUCUAUGGCUCAUCAGUGACCAAUCUAAGCUGGAAACAGAGGUUAGAGAUAUGCAUUGGAGCAGCAAAAGGAUUGCAUUAUCUUCACACAGGCCAACAAAAGGCUAUAAUUCACAGAGAUGUUAAGUCAGCAAACAUUCUUCUUGAUGAGAACUUGAUAGCAAAGGUUUCUGAUUUCGGGUUAUCGAAGACAGGGCCGGAGAUGGAUCAAACACAUGUGAGCACUGCAGUGAAAGGCAGCUUUGGAUAUCUUGAUCCUGAGUAUUUCAGAAGACAACAACUCACUGAGAAAUCCGAUGUUUAUUCGUUCGGUGUGGUCAUGCUUGAAGUUUUAUGCGCAAGACCGGUUAUCGAUCCUACAUUGACAAGAGACAUGGUGAAUUUAGCCGAAUGGGCAACCGAAUAUGUGAAGAGAGGAGAGUUAGAGAAGAUCAUAGAUCACAAGCUCGACGGCAAGAUCAAAGCUGAAUCACUGAGGAAGUUCAGCGAGACGGCGAUGAAGUGCUUAGCGGAGUUUGGUGUCGAUAGGCCGACGGUGAAUGAUGUAUUGUGGAACUUAGAGUAUGCAUUGCAGUUGCAAGAAGAUGGAGAAGUUAGUGAUCAUGAUGGACUUGAAGAGAAUGGGAAGAGUUUGAAGGAGUUAGUUGAUGUUUUUGGAGGGAACAAGUUGGAGGAUGAUUUGAUUGAUUUGAGUAAGACUUUUUCUGUGAGUAGAGUUUUCUCUCAAUUGAUCAAGAUUGAAGAAGUAAGUAUCAUGAAGACUGAAGAAGGGAGGUAGAUUUGAUUUGAUUUGAUUGAUAAAUUUGGUUCAUGGGAUUGAGAUUAUUCAAAGUUUCAAUUAUUUGACAUUGAUGUUUUCAUGUUGUUAAUGUUAAUUAUGUGAUAGUGAUGUUUUGAAAAUUUUAAUUUGUUUGAGUGUGUUUCAAUAA